AAGAAAAAGAAGAAGCGGCAUUGCAUAUUUUUUGAGAAAUUUUGUUUUGAAAGUGACACGAAGACAAUUGUUAUUUUGUGUUUUAUAAAUUUUCUAAAAAUUUACAAAGAAAAAUGUCUGCAAUUGAACAAUUACAAGCGAAAAUUGCUGAAUUGAAACAAGAACUAGAACAGCAACGUCAUGAAAGUCAGGCAGCUAGACAACGCAUUGAAAAAAUGUCUGCAGAAGUUGUGGACUCAAAUCCCUACAGUCGUCUAAUGGCCCUACAGCGUAUGGGAAUUGUUAAGGAAUAUGAACGUAUACGUGACAAGGCGGUGGCCGUAGUGGGUGUUGGAGGUGUGGGCAGUGUGACCGCCGAUAUGUUGACACGUUGUGGUGUAGGCAAAUUGAUUUUGUUUGACUACGACAAAGUCGAGUUGGCCAAUAUGAAUCGUUUGUUCUUUACACCUGAUCAAGCUGGUCUGUCUAAGGUAGAAGCAGCCGCGAAAACAUUAACAUUCAUCAAUCCCGAUGUAACGAUAGAAACACAUAAUUAUAAUAUUACCACCGUGGAGUCAUUUGAUAAAUUUUUGGAUACUAUUGCGCAUGGUGGUCUGCAAAAGGGACAACCUGUUGAUUUGGUUUUAAGUUGUGUGGAUAAUUUCGAGGCUCGCAUGGCGAUAAAUACAGCAUGUAAUGAAUUGGCUUUAAAUUGGUUUGAAUCAGGUGUUUCCGAAAAUGCUGUAUCGGGCCACAUACAAUUUAUCAGACCAGGAGAGACAGCCUGUUUUGCCUGUGCUCCCCCUCUGGUGGUGGCGGAAAAUAUUGAUGAACGUACCUUAAAGAGGGAAGGUGUAUGUGCCGCUUCUUUACCCACCACCAUGGGUAUUACGGCCGGCAUGUUGGUGCAAAAUACUUUAAAAUAUCUUUUGAACUUUGGUGAAGUGUCCGAUUAUUUGGGCUACAAUGCCAUGAAUGAUUUCUUCCCUAAAAUGACUCUAAAACCCAAUACUCAAUGUGAUGAUCGCCAUUGCCAGGCUAGACAAAAAGAAUUCCAAGCUAAACCUAAAGCCGCUGUUGUGGAGGAGCAAGUUGAAGAUGAACAACCUUUACAUGAUGAUAAUGAAUGGGGUAUUGAGUUGGUGGAUGAUUCUCAGCCUCCAGAAGCGGCUGUAAAAUCGGAGGAAGCAUCAGUUAGUUCAGGUUUGCGUUUGGCUUAUGAAGCUCCUGAUAAGGAAGUGACCAGUGAUACUAAUACCGUUUCCGCAGCAGCCGAUGUGAACUUGGAUGAUUUAAUGGCUCAGAUGAAAUCUAUGUGAGAGUGUGUCAUACGUACAAACAGUUUGUUAUUCCAAUUUGUGUUUAUUUUUUAUUGCAAUUUGAAAUUUUCUAUUCCAUAUUGUAAAGAUUUAUUUUGUUUUGUAUUUAUUUUUGUGCAAUUAUAAGUAUUUUUGUGGCUUUUUACAAAAAAUUUAUGAAAAUUUAAUAA